UAAGUCGGCUGUCGGCAUCUGUACCGGGUUUGAGUGCCUAGUAUCACAAUUUAAUAGUGAAAUACAACUAAAUUAUCCUAAGGGUUGUUACUUUAAGUAUAAUGUUACUAAAUUGUUAAAAUUUAAUUAUUGUGUAUAGUAGUUCCUAGGUAAAAAAUAAAAAAAAACUAGUUCCAAAAUUCAGAAACGUAUCAUUCCAAUAAAAAAUGGGUGUUAAAAUACUGUACAGACCAUUCGGUAUGUCUCGUGACAAACAAGAAUCAUUUUUGAAAAUGAGCAUUUUAACCAUAGCUGCAAUUCUAUCAUUUGCAACAAGGUUAUUUUCCGUACUUCGUUUUGAAAGUGUCAUUCAUGAAUUUGAUCCAUACUUUAACUAUCGAACCACUCAAUACCUGACAGAAGAAGGAUUUUAUAAAUUUCAUAAUUGGUUUGAUGAUCGAGCAUGGUAUCCAUUAGGAAGAAUUAUUGGAGGUACAAUCUAUCCUGGUUUAAUGAUAACAUCAACUGUUAUUUUUAAUAUCCUACAUUUCUUAAAUAUAACAUUAGAAAUUAGAAAUAUUUGUGUCUUUUUGGCACCUUUAUUUUCUAGUUUUACAACAAUUAUUACAUUCCUUUUAACCAAAGAAUUAAAAGAUACUCGUGCAGGACUUGUAGCAGCAGCAAUGAUAUCUAUUGUCCCAGGAUACAUAUCUCGUUCAGUGGCUGGAUCUUAUGAUAAUGAAGCUAUUGCCAUUUUCUGUAUGUUAUUAACCUACUAUGCGUGGAUUAAAACUGUCAAAUCCGGUAGUAUACUCUGGGGUUCAUUUACGGCAUUAGCAUAUUUUUAUAUGGUAUCUUCAUGGGGUGGUUAUGUAUUUCUUAUAAAUUUAAUACCAAUGCAUGUGUUCGUACUUAUGAUUACUGGUCGUUUUUCACAUAGAAUUUAUGUAGCGUACAGUUCUGUUUAUUGUAUUGGUACCAUAUUAUCAAUGCAAAUUUCAUUUGUUGGUUUUCAACCUGUCCAAACUUCUGAGCAUAUGAUGGCUUUAGGUGUUUUUGGUCUUUGUCAAAUACUUGGUGGUAUUAAUUAUUUGCGUACAAAAAUUAUAGGUGAAGACUUUCAAAAAUUAUUCCACUUUAUUGUUUAUCUAAUAGGAGGUUCUGUUGUUGUUAUUGGUGGUUUACUCACAAUAACUGGGAAAAUUGCUCCUUGGACUGGCCGUUUUUAUACAUUAUUGGACCCAUCUUAUGCCAAAAACCAUAUUCCAAUUAUUGCAUCUGUGUCUGAGCAUCAACCGACAUCAUGGUCUUCAUUUUAUUUUGAUUUACAGAUACUUGUAUUUUUGUUUCCUGUUGGGUUAUAUUUCUGUUUUAAGAAACUUACAGAUGCCAACAUAUUUGUUAUACUUUAUGGUGUCACUAGUAUAUACUUUGCUGGUGUCAUGGUACGGUUAAUGUUAGUCCUUGCACCAGUAAUGUGUAUUUUAUCUGGAAUAGGUGUUUCUUCCAUGUUAUCAACAUACAUGUCUCAGUAUCUUGAAAGUUCUGUAAAGGUACCAGAAAAGAAAUCUAAAAAGAAUGAGGACAAUAAAUCAUUGAAAGGCGAGAUCGCUACUGCAUUUAUAGCUUUAGUUACAUUUAUGAUGAUUUCAUAUGUAUUUCAUUGCACAUGGGUCACUUCAGAAGCAUACAGUUCUCCUAGUAUUGUAUUAUCAGCUCGCACUCAUGAUGGGUCCCAAAUUAUUUUUGAUGACUUUAGGGAAGCAUAUUAUUGGUUAAGAAUGAACACUGCUGAGGAUGCAAGAGUCAUGUCUUGGUGGGAUUAUGGGUACCAAAUAACAGCUAUGGCUAAUAGAACAAUAUUAGUGGAUAAUAAUACUUGGAAUAAUACUCAUAUCUCAAGGGUUGGUCAAGCAAUGGCUUCUGGAGAAGAAGAAGCCUAUGAAAUAAUGAAAGAAUUAGAUGUGAACUAUGUACUUGUUAUUUUUGGGGGUGUUGUUGGCUAUUCAUCAGAUGACAUUAAUAAAUUUCUAUGGAUGGUACGUAUUGGUGGUUCUACUGAAAAAGGAAAACAUAUCAAAGAAUAUGAUUACUAUUCCCCAAGUGGAGAAUUUAGAGUUGAUAAGGAAGGGUCUAAGACAUUAAAAAAUUCAUUAAUGUACAAAAUGUGCUACUAUAGAUUUGGUCAAGUAUUUUCGGAAGGAGGAAAACCUGCUGGUUAUGAUCGUGUUAGAAAUGCAGAAAUUGGCAUAAAAAAUGUUACAUUAAGUGUACUUGAUGAAGCUUAUACAACUGAACACUGGCUUGUUCGAAUAUACAGGGUAAAAGAUUAUGAUAACCGUGGUGGCAAAAUGAAACCAAACAAGGUUUAAUUUAAACAAUUAAAAUAUAAUCCAACGAACAAAAAUUAUCGAACAAAAAACUAUUAACAGUUUUUUCUUGUAUUACUAUAUUAUAUUUUAUUUUAUGAGUUUUAUAUGUUUGUUUCAAAUAAAAAAAAUUUUUUUUGUGUUAUAUAUAUUUUACUUGUUUAUGAUUCAUAAAGAACAAAUUACAGAAAAAAAAGCUCUCAUUAUAUGUUAAACUUUGUGGAGAUUCCUAUGUAUAAAUAUAUAAAUAUUGUUCAAAGAAUUAUUUGCUCUUAUUUAAUUAUAAAUUUUGUACCAUGAAAUAUAAUAAAAUUAUCUUUUGUGUA